AUGGAUUCUCAAUCACAGAGCCACAGGAAGACGGCCGAGGACGGGGAUGAUCGAGGACGACCAAGGCACAUCCGGCCCAGACACAGUCGAAAUGACAAACGGGACCAGGAUAAUACCGAUGCCGGUGAAGGAGAGUCGUCGAGACUAUCUUGGAUGUCUGCUGGGCUCCUGUCUAGACAGACAUCCAAUACUCUGACUCGUCAGAAGAGUAUUCCGAACGACAGCCGGCCGGAGGAACGUCGAACAUUUGCGCAGAAGCUCCAUCUCUUCCCUCAUCGACCACACUCGUCCAACACUUCUCGUGACUCCUCGACCAACACGUCGUCGAGCUCUUUACCUUCAUUAGUUGAUCUAGCUGGUGGUGAGGCAGGCCCUCCCUCGAGCUCAAUUCCGGCCUCUACCUCAAACUCCGCCUCAGAUCCCUUCACUCAGUCUGUGACCACCCCGAGACAGACGGCCGAGACCGGCAAUGUCCCUCCUCUGAGUCCGCUGGCUGAAUUGCCGAUGGUCGCCCCCCGUGCCACAAUUCGCGGCCCAUCUCACGACCUUCCUGUUUAUCCAAACCAGUCCUACGCCAUGCUUCAACAACAGAUACACCCUACGCCAUACCGAUCACCAAUCCUACGUACACGAAGUUCCUAUCCAUCACACUCUGAUUUCUCCUUUCCACAACCAGCCACUCCUUGGGCGCGAGAGUCGAAUACCUCACCGAAUUCACGCACCGCCGGCAACACCCCAAUAUCUAGUCCUGGACUCUUUUCCGCACGGACGCCUCGCACAUCUCCCUCUAUCGGAUCGGAGGAUGGACACCCUGGUGCUCACCUACACCGAACUCAUAUGCAAGAACCCAAAGAGACACACACCGUCGAGGUGGAUCGCCACGAGCUCACCGGAAAUAAAUUAAUCAACGAGUAUGAAAUUCUCGAGGAGCUCGGACGUGGAGAGCAUGGCAAAGUCAAAUUGGGUCGCCACCUCAAGACUGCCCAGUCCGUCGCCAUCAAGAUUGUGCAACGAUACUCCAAGCGUCGACGCCUGGGUAAACUAGGAAAUCCGGAAGACAAGGUCAAAAAGGAGGUUGCCAUUCUCAAGAAGGCACGCCACCCUAACGUCGUCAGCCUCCUCGAAGUCAUCGACGAUCCGAACCAGCAAAAGGUUUACAUCGUGCUGGAAUACAUUGAGAACGGUGAGAUAGUGUGGAGAAAGAAGGGUCUGAAAGAGAUCGUUUUGGUUGAUAAGCAGAGACUUGAUCGUGAAAAACGAGGUAUUCCCGACUCUCUUUCUUUCAUCGAGAAUAGUCAACAGUUUAUCCAUAAUACUCAAUUGCGUCGACGGCAUAUAGAAGCCCUGCGUCAACGCCAAAAGGCUAAAAGCACUCAGAACAUCGGCGUUUCGGGCUGGAGCUUGGAGCAUGGCGGCGAAUCGGACAACGAGCUUGAUGCGGAUUAUCCUCCCAUAUCCAAAUUCCCGACAGCCUCAUCGACGCAUUCGCAAGAUACCCCUGAACUUCAAAUUUCUCCACAACACUCGAUAAUCUCGACGGGAGAAUUCGACAGACGCAUGCGGGAGAUGGCAGGCUUCAGCAGCGAUAGUGGUUUGUAUAACGGAUACGCAUCAGACCCGAUGUUUGCACGCCGGUACAGCAACGCAUCAAGCCAUCUAGCGUACCAGACCGAGUCUGACUGGCUAUCCGAUGACGAUGAUAUGGGCUAUGUACCCUGUCUAACACUUAGUGAAGCUCGUACUGCCUUCCGAGAUGCCGUCUUAGGGCUAGAAUAUCUGCAUUAUCAAGGUAUCAUUCAUCGAGAUAUCAAACCCGCCAACCUACUUGUCACAGGUAACCAUCGAGUAAAGAUAUCCGACUUUGGAGUAUCAUACCUUGGCCGUCCCAUCAGAGACGAGGACGAGGAGCAAGUUACCGAGACCGAUGCCACUGAAUUAGAUGAUGCUCGAGAACUAUCCAAGACCGUCGGGACUCCAGCUUUCUAUGCCCCAGAGCUCUGUUACACUGGUCCUGAAUGUGAACCCACCAUUGGAAAGGAUCCCAAGAUUACCGGUGCAAUUGAUGUCUGGGCCCUUGGAGUCACCCUCUAUGGAAUGAUCUAUGGGAGGUUACCCUUUGUCGCCGAUGAUGAAUUCAGUCUGUUCCAAAAUAUAGUCAGACAUGAUGUCUUCAUCCCUACCAAGAGACUAAAAGCCGUCGUAGCCGAUGAUCCGGUGGCUGAUCACCCCCACACUCACACCCAAAGAUCGCCCAGUGUGGGUAGUAGUACGCGCUCUGAGGGUGAGCUUGCCUAUGAAGAUGUUGAUGAAGAGCUGCGUGAUCUUCUGCGUCGCCUCUUAAUCAAAAACCCAACGAAACGAAUUACUCUGAAAGAAAUCAAACAUCACCCAUGGAUUAUUAGGGAUAUCCAGGAUCCAAAGACUUGGAUUGAAGACACUGAUCCCGGAUACCAGAGCAAAGGCAAGAAGAUCGAGGUAUCCAAUGAUGACGUUAUUCGUGCCGUUACCAAGAUGCCAUUUAUCGAACGGGUACGGUCAAACGUCGUUAAAUGGAGCGGUAGCAUAUUUGGUCGUAGACGGGCCCCUAGUUCUGCCGCAUCGGUCGAUACUGCACAGUCUGUCUCGUCAAGCAGCAACUUGACUAUCGGCAAGGAUAUCAUUCGAGAACUCAGACGGACUAGUUUACGAGGUGAUGAGGAGAUUACAAGAACCCCGAGAGCGGGCAGGGAGGGUGAGCAUCCAUUGUCCCAAAGUCUGGUGGUCAGCCCGGACCUACAGGCCGAUCUUAAACAUCCGGAUUACUUUGGUCGUGUGGCUACAUCACGAACAGCGCCAACAUCUGUGAACUGUUCUCCCACCCAGGAGCCUCGUCCUGACCUACCUGGACGCACCGUCUCCACUAUCUCCAGUGCGGGUUCGACAAAGACCAUCCGUCCUACCAACCUGGAAAUGUCAUUCCUUAACGAUGCCUCUGCUCCAGCAACCGGGGGCGAGCCUUUCAAUUCUUCAGCUGCCGGAAUGACCAUAUUCGGAGGAGCUAGGAAUAGAUUUGUUAAGAGUUUACAUCUUCGAGACAGGCGGCAUGAGAACUCUUUGUUCUCAGAAAAUGCGUCCUUCGAUGCAACCUGUCAUUCUACACCUAGCGUUGCCGUGUCCUCUGCCUCAGCUACUGGCCUAGUCAACCCGCCAGAUCUUGCCCAUGAGCCAAAUACCACACCAACGCCUCACGCAUCGCCGCGAAAAUACACCAUUCACAGACGGAGUAAGUCUCAUCAGCUUCGACAAGACGCAAAUCUCGCCGGACCACCACUUGCCCCUUUCCAUCGUGAUUUUUUCUUCCGUAGCCCCGACUCAACAGCCCAUCUAGGUGAAGAUAACGCAACCAUUGUCAACGUUGACAGAGAUGAUUUCCGCAUCCACACGUCGCCAGUACAUUAUUUAAACUCUCUAGAACCAGAGAGUUAUGAUGAUGACCCGUUCAAGUAUCAGCCAAUCGCCCGACCGAUCACAUCCCCUCCAUCGGCAAUCACCAUGUCCUCCUCGUCUAUGGAUGAUUAUAACAGUGAAAUGUCCCACUGCGCAUCACACCCUAGCAUACCAUCCGUCGUAUCUGGCGCCUCCUCUCUAUCCGCAGACGGCUUCUCAACAUAUCUCGUGGAUCAAGAUCAUGAGAAGAAUGAGAAGAAGAAAGAAAAAGAAUAUGGUACAUGUACAUGCCCGGUUGUUCACCCAAUGCUUCGAACAGGUGAUACUGUUACGGAUGAGUCUGCAAGGACGUCUACCUGUGACAAAGGACGAUCUCCUGCCCUCCCUGUAGAAACUAAUGAUGAUGACCAACGAUACCAUGGUGACGAUGAGGACGAAGAUGACGACUCUAGCGAUGAAGGAAUUACCUUUGGCAGACACAAGUCUAGCGUAUGA